UCCGUUCAUUCCAUGGCCGGCUAGUAGGUGGGCCCAAAUUGACCAUCCUCGUCAAAACCUCAGCUGCAGUUGAUGGCCGCGGCUCCAUCGAUUCAGCUCGUCACUCGAACCGCCGCUUCUCUUCGCCUCUACUGCCCACUUCGCUUUCUUAGGAUCUCAUUCGGACGCUCAUCAAAGGUUUUUGUGCCUUCACGGACGAUGGCGUCUGUAGCAUCGACCACCAGCGGUGAAGUCGAGAGGAUGACCGCACCUUAUGGCUCCUGGAAAUCGCCAAUAACGGCCGAUGUCGUCUCCGGUGCAGAUAGGAAGCUGGGAGGCAUUGGGGUUGCUGUCGAUGGCCGCCUUGUUUGGGUUGAGACGCGGCCGGAAGAGGGAGGGCGCACAGUUCUUGUAAAGGAAUCCGAAAACUUAGGAGUUAAGCCUAUCGAUAUCAUCCCUUCAGACUUUGCAGCAAGAACUUCGGCCCAAGAGUAUGGUGGGGGAGCUUUUUCUGUCUUUGAGAAUUUGGUGAUAUUCUCUAACUAUAAAGACCAGCGGUUAUACAAGCAAAAUAUUGGAGGUGGCAGUCCUGUGCCACUUACGCCUGACUAUGGUGGAACUGUAGUUCGUUUCGCUGAUGGUAUCUAUGAUCCUAACUCAAAACUAUAUCUUACGGUGAUGGAAGAUCUUCGACAAAGCAGUUUAAAUCCAACCACAAAAAUUGUUGCUGUUAAUAUUGAUGAUGAAACUAUUCAAGAUCCAAAAGAAAUAGUCUCGGGCAAUGACUUCUAUGCCUUUCCACGUAUUGAUAAAACGGGGAAGAAGAUGGCUUGGUUGGAAUGGAGUCACCCAAAUAUGCCUUGGGAUAAAGCACAACUAUGGGUGGGGUACUUUUCCAGAGAUGGAAAACUACAUGAACGAGUUUGUGUUGCUGGUGGCAACCCCACAUUGAUAGAAUCUCCAAGCGAACCAAAAUGGUCCCCUAGAGGAGAGCUUUUUUUUGUCAGCGAUAGAAGCAAUGGUUUUUGGAACAUCUAUAAAUGGAAUGAAAUAAAAAAUGAGGUGACACCGGUUUAUUCACUAGAAGCAGAGUUUACUAGACCACUGUGGGGUUUUGGAAUCAGUUCUUAUGAUUUUCUUGGAGUUGAAGAACAUCACAGUAUUGUUUGCAGCUACAGGCAGAAUGGGAGAUCUUUUUUGGGAAUUUUGAACCAUGUUAAGGGAUCAUAUUCAGCUCUUGAUACUCCUUUUACUGAUGUUGGCAAUAUUGUUGCUGGAUCUAACUGUAUUUUUAUUGAAGGAGCAUCUGCAACACACCCAAUAUCUAUUGUAAAGAUCACGCUGGAUAGUAAUAAUGCGCAAGUACCAUUGUUCUCAGUAAUUUGGUCUUCUUCAGAAGAUGCUGCAAAAUACAGAUCAUAUUUUAGUUCGCCAGAGAUAGUGAAAUUUUCUACAGAGUCUGGCCAAGAUGCUUAUGCAUAUUUCUACCCCCCGUCUAAUCCUGAUUAUCAAGCUUCUGCUGAUGAAAAGCCACCCUUAAUUGUCAAAAGCCAUGGAGGGCCAACUGCUGAGUCACGUGGAAUAUUGGAUUUGAAUAUACAAUAUUGGACUAGUCGAGGUUGGGCAUUUGCGGAUGUUAACUAUGGAGGAAGCACUGGUUAUGGUAGAGAAUACAGAGAGCGGUUGUUAGGACAAUGGGGUGUUGUUGAUGUAAAUGACUGUUGCAGAUGUGCUAGAUUUUUGGCUGAUAAAGGAAACGUGGAUGAGGAACGACUCUGUAUGACUGGCAGGUCAGCUGGUGGAUACACCACACUAGCUUGCCUAGCUUUCAGGGAAACAUUUAAGGCUGGUGCUUCAUUGUACGGCGUGGCUGACCUCUCAUCACUGAGAGAAGAGACUCAUAAAUUUGAGUCCCACUAUAUUGAUAACCUUGUUGGAGAUGAAAACGCUUAUUUUGAGAAAUCCCCUAUUAACUUUGUCGACAAAUUCAAUUGCCCAGUGAUAUUGUUCCAAGGACUAGAUGACAAGAUUGUUUCUCCUGAACAAGCCAGAAAGAUAUACAACGCCUUGAAGGAAAAGGGUGUACCUGUUGCUUUGGUAGAGUUUGAAGGAGAACAGCACGGAUUUCGCAAGGCUGAAAACAUCAAGUUCACUUUGGAGCAGCAAAUGGUGUUUUUUGCUAGAACCGUCGGCCAUUUCAAAGUAGCCGAUCCAAUCGUUCCGAUCAAAAUAGAUAACUUUGAUUGAACUUAACGUGGACAUGUCCAGGUCUUCUGUAGCAAGGUUUUGCAUUUUCUAUUUGUCUUAUAUUGUUUUGAAUGCCAAUCAAUGUUUCUUGUAUAACUUAAGUGGGAAAUCUGUGUAGCUUCUCUAAAGUCCACCCAAGCUUUUAUGGCUUGGAUUUGCCAACAGCUGCUGUUGUUAGCAACACGAUGGUUUUGCCACAGAUUCUUUAUUUUACUAGUUAUUCGCAUGUAUUAUUUGCUCAGGAGGCUCAGAUAUAAAACUACGAAUGUUGAAUAA